AAUAUGAAACCUGUUUCUUUUUUUGACGACGAAAACAUAGGUUCAGUAAAAAAAAUAUGGUAAAAAAGUUCUAAAAAUAAUGAAAAAGCUGGAUAAAUUAAGACUAUUUUUACUAACACAUUCUAGAAGAAAAGUAAGAAAGUAGGUAAAACAAAACUACUUUAAUACUAUAUAGAUGAAGAAUACUUAUAUUUUUCGAAAAACUUAAAAUCUGAUAAAAUAAAUGGAGUCUUAGAAUUAAAUUGUUGUAAAUUAGACCUCCUUUAAAAUAUAGAACCAAAAUAAAUAGAUUCUUCUAUGUCUGAGCCAUUAUGGGGAUUUAGAAUAAUGAGAAAUGGAAAAACACUCGAAAUAUAUACAAAAGAUUAAGUGUAAUGGAAAAAAUGGAAAAAUAUAUUUAUAUAUAAAUCAAUAUAAUCUACUUUUCAUGAGGAUUUCAUUGUUACUAAAAUGAUAGGAAAAGGUUCUUUCGCUAAAGUUUAUUUAGCUACAAAAAAAGAAAAUGGAUAAUAAUAUGCAAUUAAAGCAUUUAAUAAAGAAUUCAUGCUUAGUUAGCACAAAGGGAAGGAAUCAUUAAUUAAUGAAGUAGGUGUUAUGAGAAAUAUUAGAAGUGAGCAUCUAAUUAACCUUUAUGAAGUUUAUGAAACUGUAAAUUCAAUAUAUUUUGUUGUUGAUAUUUUGAGUGGUGGAGAACUUCUUCAUCGAGUUAGGGAUAAAGGUACUAUAAAUGAAGGAGACUUGAAACUUUUGAUGAGAAAUUUAAUACUUGCUUUAUAAUAUUUACAUUAAAAAAAUAUAAUGCAUAGAGAUUUAAAACCUGAAAAUUUACUCCUUAAAUCCAAAGAUAAUGAUCAUGAUAUUGUUGUAGCGGAUUUAGGACUUGCGACAUUUACAAAUAUUAAAGAUAUAUUAUUCAAGCGUUGUGGAACACCAGGUUUUGUUGCACCAGAAGUUCUUAUUUACUAAGAAGGAGAUUCUUUUUAUGAUGUAAAAUGUGAUAUUUUUUCUGCUGGAGUAAUCUUUUAUUUAUUACUUAUAGGUAAGCAGCCUUUUUAAGGAAAAGAUUAUAAAUAAAUUCUAAGAGCUAAUAAAGCUUGUGAAAUAAAAUACGAUACACCUGAUUUUACUAAUGUUUCUCCUUAAGCAAAAGAUCUUUUGAUAAAAAUGCUUAUUGCUUAACCUGAAAAUAGACCAUCAGCAACUGAAUGCUUAUAACAUCCUUUUUUAAAAGAUAAUAGUGGAUAAGGAUAAUUAUUGUAAAAUGCCCAACUAAACUUAAGAUCUUAUGAAGUCGAUUAUUUAGCUAAUGUUAGAAAUAAGAAGGAAGUUGAUUCGUAGGACUAAAUAGGAUCUCUUGCAUUACAUUCUAAUGGAAUUUCCGCAAUGAAUGGAAAAAUUGAUACUGUUGGAAGUUUAAGUACUUGCAGUAAUUCCAAUUUUUAAAAUAAAAAUGGCGAAACUCAUAUUCCUUAAAUUUCUAAAUUUUCAGUUAAACCUAGAUCUGAUAGUAUUGAUGUAAAUAUGAAAAAUAAUUAACAAAAUGAAACUGGAUCUAAUAAAAUUAAUCUUCAAAUAAGAAUAAUUUGCAUAAACUAGCAAUUAAAAUACAAUUAACAAAGGUUAUUAAGAAGAACAAAAGAAAGAUGAUUAAUGAAUAAAUACAAAGUUAAAAGAUAGUAUUAAUAGUUGAUAUUAUAUAUAAAUAAAAUUAAUAUCAAUUUAAUAAUAAUAUUAUAUGACAUUAAAAAUAACAUUUUUUUAUUUUACUUAAUAAUUAAAUUUAUUAUUUAUUUAUUUUUAUAAAAUAUAAUUUUAUAAUAUGGUAUUGUUUUAUUAUUUAAUUAAUAUUUUAAUAUUUAAAUUUACUUUUUUU